UCUCUAUGCAUUGGUAGUGCUUUGGAUUUGGAGCCUGCAUCUCCUCAUGUGAACCUCUCAUACUGGCUUUGCUGUAGAUCUUAUACCUUCUUCUGUCUUGCCUUCCCACUGCUUGGACAGUGAACAACGCCAACAAGGAUGCAGACUCUUCUCUAUCUCUGUGUGUUCCUGACUGCUGUCAAUGCUGCACCGGCCUUCUUUUCGUUUUCGCCUGCGGUGGGCUCUGGCUCUGGCAGUUCCUACCUAGUGGAAGGGAUGGGCCGCAUCACUGCCGUCAAGAUCUGGGAGAACUACAACGGACACAUACGAGGCAUUCAGCUCCGCUAUGGGUUUGCCUGGGCAGCAGUUGCAGGCUACAUCACAGGCGAGCCUCUGGAGAUGGAGCUGGACGAGGGCGAGUUCUUUGUGCAGAUCUCCGGCAAGUACGCCCACUACAUCCAGAGCCUGCAGCUGGUCACCAACAGAGGGCGCUCCAUCACCGCGGGCCAGCCUUCCGGCGGAUCCUUCAACAUGUACGGCGGCCACCCACAGGCCGAGCUGCGCUUCCUCAGCGGCCGUGUGCAUGGGGGACUCACCUCCCUCGCCUCCCACUGGGCGGUGCUGGACAAAGAGGACAUCCCCAACAAUAGCUACACUACUUCUGCUUAAAGAAAUGGCAACACUUAAAGUGAUACUGUCCUAUUUUUGGAGAUAGAGCCUAAGUAUCACUUUAAGUAGAAUAAAGGUCUCUUUAAAAAGCUUUAUUAACACUUCAUUUACAUGUAUUGAUGAAUUAGGCCUAAUUGUAAAGACAACAUUAAAAAAACAUUUUUUAAACGAGUGAGAACCAACCCAUGACUGCACAGUGAAGCAAGAAUUGACUCCUGGUGGAUAAGUUUGGUCUGUGUUUGCCUGCAGGACACUCCAGUGGUUUCAUCUCUAUUGCUCUUUAAAGGACAAACUUCUGGCUGUGCUCUGUCUACGACGCAGUGCGACUCAGCCACGGUCCACCACACUCUUUGCUUUACGAUUGAGCUGUGUCGUGCCUAUUUGAAAAGGAAAAAGUGGCAUCCGAGUCCUGCUAUGUUGAGCCUUAACAGGCAGUGGAAAAGACAACUGGCACUGGAAAAGAGCCUAUUGUGUGUUCACAUAGUAGCAUUGUGUGUGCACAUUCAUUUCUCAUUUACAAAGAUUCGAAAAUGUUUUGUUUAUCAUUGGUUUACUAUUUACAAAGUGUUUGUAAAGCUUUUUAAAGAGACCGUUAUUCUAAAGUGUGCUGUUAAAUUCAUACGGGUCUGCCGUCAGGAGAGGGCAACAGUGACAGCAGUGAAAUGGAUAUACUGUAUCCAUGUGCUCUGUCAUUGUCGCUUUUAUUUCUUUCUUCUUGGGUCACCUUCAAUCUCAGGGAAAUAAGACAAACUCAUGUGGACAGCUUGUGGAGUAAGAGACACACCUCUGGGACAUCAACAGGGACACUGCAGCACCAUCUUAGUUUAUAUGUUUUGGUUUUUGAGUGUUUAAAGGCACUUACACAUGAAAUGUAUAAAGUAUAGGCCUACAUUAUUACUGUAUAACUUAAUAGAGUAAAAUAAUUACAACAUUGCUAUUAUUAUAUAGACUAUUAUGACAUUUAUUUCUGUCAUUAUCAUAAUUUACAUAAUCACUGUCAACAACAACAAUACAAUAUGUGGGUUCACCGUGUUUAUAAACACGAUAUUGUGAGGAGGGGCAAGACACUGGCAGCCAACCAUGUGAGGACAUUUUUUGACCAACAGCGCUUUCCAACAAUCAGAGGUCGAGUUGUGCGCAGCUAGUUUCGUGCAGUCAGGGGAAAGCAAACAUUUAGAACCCAUGUAUAGAACCAUGUCUAAGCUCCACUAUUAGCAUCAGUGAAUUGUGUACAACAAGACCCUCUUGGUUGCAUCUAUCCACUUCAGUUUAUGACAUAGAUGGAAUUAUUCUUUAACACCUUAGAAUAAUUACCUUUUAACAGCUUUAUAAACACUUAAUCAACAUUUAAUAAUAAUUAACAUUUAUCAAAGCAUUUACAAAUGUUUGUAAAUGAGUAAUAACCAAACUACGACUGCACAGUGGAGUGGGAAUCAACUUCUACUGUUUGAGGUUUAUGUGGUUUCAUGCCUUCUGGUCUUUGGAGGAGAAACUUCCAUGACCGAUGCGACUGUCUGCUGUGUUAACAUAGUAUUUCUUGCCCAUUUAUAAACAUUUUGUUGAUAAUUAGUUCAUUAUUUAUAAAGUGUUUAUAAAGCUGUGAAUAGGUAGUUAUUCUAAAGUGUUAUCAAUUAUUUGCAGCAUGUUGUUUGGCAAUGAAGCCCUGUAAUGAUACGUUUUGAUUAUGCACUGAACUCAAAUAUAAUGAUAGGCACUGACCCCAUUUGAUUACCUGGCUGGCUUGAAAGAGUUGCAGUGGGUGUUUUCUUUUUUCGGUGUUGUUCAUUUAAAUAACUCCAGUAAAUGUGUUAUAACUUGAGUCUAGCAAAUGUUGCGGAAGCAUUCCACUCACCCUGAGAAGGGGAGGAAUACAUUUGUUUUCGUGUACUGUUUUUAUCAAUUAUGUUUGCUGAUUGUAGCAUCAUACAUGACGUGAAGUUUGUGCAUUCUAAAAGCUGUUUUGUCAUGGUCAAAAACAUAUAGCUCUUACAUAGGCCUGCUUGAAUCAAUGCUGUUUGAUCUGUGAAAUCGUUUUCAUCAUUAAAAGUCUUUGCACAAUGAA